AUGGGGGUCGAGCUUCAAGGGAAUGGCGUGGACGAGCCGCCCAUGAAUCCAACAUUAGCGGUUCCCCUCUACGCCGUGGCAGGAUUCGCUACCGUUUUGUUCCUCUGGCGGACCGUGAUUCGCAUUCGACACCGACGUCGGACGAACAAAGCUCAACAAGAUGUUGACCAAACGCAACUUGCGCGCACAAACCAGUGGAAUUCAUUAUUGAAGAAGCAUUUCUCCUACGCUCCCGUCUACGGCACCCGCCAUAGUCGAGGAUUCCGACUGUUGCGACUGAAUCUGGGCACUGCCCCCUUGCGGAUUGAGGUGAUGCUGCUGGUCACAUACUUGAUACUCAAUCUGAUCUUCAUCUUUGUCAUGGUAGAUUGGUGGCAGGACUACUCGGAAAAGAUGUUCCAGCUCAAGUACGCGGCUGGCCAUUUGGCUGUGAUGAACACACCCGGGCUAGUAUUGAGUGCUGGCCGGAACAACCCAUUGAUACAAUUGCUCGGGAUCCCAUUCGAUACUUUCAAUCUGAUGCACCGCUGGGUCGGUCGCGUGAUUGCUGCCAACGCCGUGGUUCAUAUGGCCGCGGUUCUGGCAAACCAGGGCUAUCAGCAUGGCGCGGAAUAUAUCGCGUACACUAUUUGGCGAAUGCCCUUUUAUAUUUAUGGGCUCAUCGCUGUGCUCGGCUUCGUCUUCAUUGUCUUGCAGUCAUGGUCGCCGGCCCGACAUGCGUUCUACGAACUCUUUUUACAUCUGCACAUUGCCCUGGCUAUCAUGUCAUUUGUGGCGCUUUGGUAUCAUCUGAAGAAUCUGUUGCAGCAGCGUGUGCUCCUAGGCACGCUGAUUCUAUGGGGUCUCGAUCGCGCAAGUCGGCUCGUCGUCCUUCUCUGGCGGAAUAUGGGUAAAUGCCCAACAAAGGCUACUGUCGAGCUUCUUCCUGGUUCUGUCGCUCGAGUCGAUAUCGAGGUCUGCCGAGCGUGGAAAUUCCGACCUGGGGAGUACUUGUACCUCUAUCUUCCGUGCUCUGGUCUCUGGACAUCCCAUCCUUUUACCGUCGCCUGGACGUCUUCGUCUCCGGCAGACUCACUCGAGAAGCGUCACUCUGGGGAUUCCAUCACCUCACUUAUUGGUCGGUCCGGGAAGAAGACCAUGUCAAUUCUGAUCAAGAGUCAAGAUGGCUUUACAAAGAAGCUAUAUCGAAAGGUCGAAGAUACGCUUGAUGGACGACUGCAGGCGACUGCAUUGGCCGAGGGACCAUUCGGUGGACUUCACUGUCUCGACUCCUAUGGCAGUCUGCUUCUCGUCGCCGGGGGCAUAGGCAUCACCCAUGCCAUGUCCUACUUGUGCAAACUGGCCAACGAUAUUUCGUCUCCAUCCUCUCACCUGAAAGCCACUCGUAAAGUGCAUCUCGUCUGGAUGGUGCGCAGCUUGAGUCACCUUACUUGGAUUCAACCAUGGAUGACCGAGCUAUUCGCCCAUGAUUUCCUUAAUCACCUCACCCACGCUGGCGCCACGGGCCCCCACAAAGGUCUCGGAACGAUGCUCUCCAUCAGCAUCCAUGUGACUGGCCACAAGGACGAUCCCGAAGACUACAUGCCCGGCCCAACUCCCAAGUGGAUUGAGAAUGCUCCUCGUCAUAUCCCGCUUGUCAUUGACCACGAACGACCAGAUAUGCGGGCCCUCCUCGAACGAGAGCAAGCCGAACAAAUUGGCGCACUGGCAGUCAGUGUGUGUGGACCAGGCAGUCUUGGAGAUAGUGUUCGUGACGCGGUUCGCCAUGUUCAGGGGGAGAAGAUCGUUGACCUGUACGAGGAGACAUUCUCGUGGUGA